AAGAAACUGCUGGUUCUCAUUCUCACACAAUCAUAUCAGUUGUGACAGACUCACAGUCCAAUGGCCACUCUUGCUUCAUCAUCAUCAUCCUCUGUGCUCUUCUCCUCUCCACACUCCAACCUCACUCCACCUUCUCUCUCUCCUUCAUGCCUCUCUCUCUCCUCUUCCUCCCACCUCUCCACCACUCUCUCCUCUUCCCUCUCACUUUCUCAUUCUUUUGUCACAUACCCUACAACUUCAAGGCGCUUCAGCCCUAGUUCCUUCAGUGUCAAGGCUAUUGCUGCAGACAAGAAGAAAGUUCUGAUCGUCAACACCAACAGUGGUGGUCAUGCAGUCAUUGGAUUCUACUUUGCAAAAGAGCUUCUGGGCUCUGGCCAUGAGGUCACCAUUAUGACUGUUGGUGAAGAAAGCUCAGACAAGAUGAAGAAGACCCCAUUCACCAGAUUCUCGGAAAUUGUAAGUGCUGGAGGGAAGACUGUGUGGGGAGAACCAGCAGAAAUAGCUAAGGUUUUGGAAGGAUCAGCAUUUGAUGUUGUGUUGGAUAACAAUGGCAAGAACUUGGACGCAGUGAAGCCUGUGGCUGAUUGGGCAAAGAGUUCUGGUGCAAAGCAAUUCCUAUUUAUCAGCAGUGCUGGGAUUUAUAAGCCAACCGAGGAGCCUCCUCAUGUCGAAGGGGAUGUCGUUAAAGCUGAUGCUGGUCAUGUUGCAGUAGAGAAGUACAUUGCAGAAGUGUUUGGUAAUUGGGCAAGUUUUCGUCCACAAUACAUGAUAGGAUCCGGCAACAACAAAGAUUGCGAGGAGUGGUUCUUCGAUCGAAUUGUGAGGGACAGACCAGUUCCAAUCCCUGGCUCCGGAAUGCAACUCACAGUCAUCUCCCAUGUUAGGGACUUGUCCUCUAUGCUUACUCUAGCCGUUGCGAAGCCAGAUGCUGCAUCUGGUAAUAUUUUCAACUGUGUAAGCGACCGUGCUGUGACUCUCGAUGGAUUGGCAAAACUCUGUGCUCAAGCUGCAGGACGCCCGGUGAACAUAGUGCAUUAUGAUCCAAAAGCUGCUGGGGUUGAUGCAAAGAAAGCUUUUCCGUUCCGUAACAUGCACUUCUAUGCAGAACCAAGAGCUGCAAAGGAUAUCUUGGGAUGGAAAAGUACCACAAACCUCACUGAAGACUUGAAAGAGAGAUUUGAGGAGUACUUGAAGAUUGGGAGAGACAAGAAAGCCAUCAAAUUUGAUUUGGAUGAUAAGAUACUGGAGUCCCUUAAAGUUCCAGUAGCAGUGUGAUUAAUCACCAUCUUUCCCUGAUGACUAUUUAUAAAAUGCAAUUUUGUGUCUUG